GCGGCGGCGGCCCAACCCCCAGCCGAGCGGCGCGGCGCUUCCCGGGGCGAGCGGAACUUCCCGGCGCUUUGCGAUCCUUACACAUUUUUUUUUUUUAACGUUUUUAUUUUAUUUUCAUUUUCAGAUUUUUAUUUGUAUUUCGUUUUCAUUUUUUUUUUUAAUCUCAUUUUCUCCUUUCCUUUCUUAUUCCGUUUCCAUUCUUUGCUCCAUCUAUAUCCCAUCUCCCCACUCCCUUCCCCAUCCUCUCUUCCCUCCCCGCUCACGGCCGCGGACACCCCGGGGCGGAGCCGCCGCCGCCGCCGCCGAGCGGCCGCCAGGGAGGGGCGGGUGCCCGCAGCGCCGCCGCUCCGGGGAUGGGCUCCGCCGCCUAGCACGGCCCGCCCGGCCCGGCCGCAGCAUGGCCGCGGAGCUGAGCGCCGAGGAGGAGCAGGCCACCAAGCAGUUCCUGGAAGAGAUCAACAAGUGGACGGGCCAGUACAAUGUGUCCCCGCUCUCCUGGAAUGUGGCUGUCAAGUUCCUCAUGGCCCGCAAGUUCGACGUCCUGCGGGCCAUUGAGCUCUUCCACUCCUACCGGGUACGUAUGGGGUGCGGUUCGUGGGGUCACACAUCCCCGUGUGUCCCUGAGUGUCACGCUGGGGGUCACGCUGUGUCCCUGCCGCAGGAGACGCGGCUCAAGGAGGGCAUCGUGAAGCUGAAGCCGCACGAGGAGCCGCUGCGCUCGGAGCUGCUCAGCGGCAAGUUCACCAUCCUGGUAGGUGCACGGUGCGGUGCGGCACAGCGCGGUGCUGCCUGCAGGCACGCCGUGACCUCGCUUUCUCCCCAGAGCGUUCGGGACCCCUCGGGGGCCUCCAUCGCCCUGUUCACGGCCAAGCUGCACCACCCCAGCCGCAGCGUGCAGCACGUGGUGCUCCAGGCGCUCUUCUACCUGCUGGACAGGGCCGUGGAGAGUUUCGAGACGCAGAGGAACGGGCUGGUGUUCAUCUACGACAUGGCGGGCUCGCAGUACACCAACUUUGAGCUGGACCUCAGCAAGAAGAUCCUCAACCUGCUGAAGGGCGCUUUCCCAGCGAGGCUGAAGAAGGUGUUCAUCGUGGGAGCACCCAUGUGGUUCCGUGUGCCCUACUCCAUCAUCAGCCUGCUGCUGAAGGAGAAGCUGCGUGAGAGGGUGCAGAUGGUGAAGAUGUCGGAGCUGAAGGAGCACCUGCCCCGCGAGUGCCUGCCCGAGACCCUCGGCGGGUGCCUCAAGCUGGACCCACUCAGCUGGAACUGCCGCUUCUUACCGCAGCAGAACGGGCACCCCGACCCCCUGGAUGAGCUUAUCCUGGUGCCGUUGGUGACCCCCCGCGACAACGGCUCGCUCCAUGUGCCCGGCCCCAAGGCCCUCACCCCGCAGGAGCUGCUGGAGCACGUCAGCCGCAAGCAGAAGCGCGGCAUCUAUGAGGAGUAUGAGGACAUCCGGCGCCGGAGCCCAGCUGGGACCUUCGUCUGCUCCUUGGCGCCCUACAACCAGGAGAAGAACCGUUAUGGAGACGUGCCCUGCCUGGACCAGACCCGUGUGAAGCUGGCCAAGCCCUACAGCCGCCCAGAGCUGACCGACUACAUCAAUGCCAGCUUCAUGGAUGGCUACAAGCAGAGGAAUGCGUACAUCGGGACACAGGGGCCCCUGGAGAACACCUAUGGUGACUUCUGGCGCAUGGUGUGGGAACAGAAUGUCCUGGUGAUCGUGAUGACGACUCGGCUGGAGGAGGGGGGCAGGAGGAAGUGCGGCCAGUACUGGCCCCUGGAGAAGGAUUUCCAGAUGCGCUUCGGGGCGCUGACCAUCACCAACCUGGGCGUGGAAAACCUCAGCCAUUACAAGAAAACCAUCCUAGAGAUCCACAGUGCCGAGGGCAAGGAGCGGCGAUUGCUCUCCCACUUCCAAUACCUGAGCUGGCCGGAUUACGGCGUGCCCUCAUCGGCAGCCACGCUCAUUGACUUCCUGGGGGCCGUGAAGCAGCAGCAGCGCGUGGCUGUCAGUGCGUUGGGACCGCGUUUCAAGGGGCACCCGGGGGGCCCUCCGCUCGUGGUGCAUUGCAGCGCCGGCAUCGGCAGGACGGGUACCCUGUGCGCUCUGGACAUCUGCCUGUCGCAGCUGCAGGACGUGGGCACGCUGGACAUCCAGCAGACGGUGCAGCGCAUGAGGACGCAGCGUGCCUUCAGCAUCCAGACCCCGGAGCAGUAUUUCUUCUGUUACAGCGCAGUGCUGGAGCACGCCCAGCGCCGCGGCCUGCUGCCUGCCGCCCAGAAGGGCUCUGCUGGGCACUGACACAGCCCUGCCAGCUGGGAACUGUGCCUUACUUCAAGCAAGCGAGCCCGGGGCUGGAGGAGGCUCGGGGAAAAGGGUGUCGGGGUGGUUUUAUUUUGUAAUUUUUUUUUUUUUUCUUCUCUCGGUGGGACCAUCUAGACCUGUACGCAGAGCCUUGAGGGCGUGCGUUCCCAGCACGGCUGCAUCGGGAACUUUAUACUGUAUUAAGCUCUUCGAAUGUGUAUAUUCUUAUUUUUUUAUAAUCCUGGAGCGUGGGGGAGGAGCUUUUCGUUGUGGGGUUGGUUUUUUUUUUUGGUUUUUUGUUUUCUUGUGGUAUUUAACAUUAAGCGAGCAGACGAGGAGCGA